AUGCCUAAAGGAAAGGGCAAAAAAGCGAUUCAGAAAAACAAGAAGCCGACGAAGAACCGCCCCAAAGUGAAUAUUCCAGACUCGUAUUCCAUAGACUCAAACAUGCAGACGCCUGACCCUGAAUACAUGGCCUUCAGACGAGAUCAAGAAGUUGUAGACGACUCCGGAGACGGUAAAUACAACUCCUUCGAUACAUCCGAUCUUUAUAUCCCGAUGAAGAUAUUUUCGCUGGAAAACUUUUUGGAUAUUGCCGAAAAGAUCAAAAGCACAUCUUAUGGCGUAGUUCAAGAAGACCCAAUCUUUCAAAAGUCAAUAAGCGAAGAAGAACUUGUGGCGAAUGUAUUUAACACAGAUCACAAGAUGGUGCUCCUGGCCGAAGCUGGAAAUGGGAAAACGCUCUUUGCCAGAAGAAUUCUCAAAAUACAGCAAGAAAAGUAUCCAGACACCUUCACCUUCUUCAUCCACCUCAAGACAUUUGCCAAAAAGAAAGAAUGCAGCUUAGGCGAGAUUCUUCUCCCAGCUGAGUUUCAAGGAAACGCUCCAGGAAACGUGCAUAGAAGAGCGAACGCACUCAAAAUAAUUUCUGACUCUCCGGAUGAGUGUCUAUUCAUCAUCGACUCGUUAGAAGACUUCGACGAGAGAAGAAAGGUCAUAGAAGCUUUAGUGACGGGAAAUGUAUGCGGAGACGAAAGCAACACAGAAGCACUCUCAGGAGGAAAACUAGAGUACGAAACGGUCCUCCCGACCUGGCAGUGGAUCAAUGAAUUACUUAUUGGGAAAGCAUUCAACAAGGAGAAGAAAACAAGAGCGAUCGUCCUGGCGCGGCCAGAAACAGUCGCGUACUACAACGUCCAGAAUCCAGUUGUAAACAACAAACGACCGGGACUGUGCUGGGGGAAGUUGCACCAAGAGUACUUCGCCGACUCUGGCUUCAGCAUCUUUUCAAUAUUCGGACUGGCAGUAUCAAAUCUAAAAUCAGAUUUUCCGGACGCUGCGCUCGAGCAUCGAAAUCCUGAAAUUCAUAAAGCAUUUCUCGAUUUUUUAGAAUCAGAUUCCGGCUUUGCAUUUUUCUGUAGAAAGCCGUUUCAAAUGUUUCUCUUCUACGAUACGUUUUGUGAUGUUGCUGGAAACUUAUGA